AAGGCCGUGUUGUCUGCCAACAGGAAGGCAUCUGGAAAUGCCAUAAAAAAAAUGGAACAAUUUUUCCUAGAGCAGGCUGAGGUCGAGUGCCUGCAGGUGACACCUGGCAAGAUGCAGCAACGGCUGAAGGAGAAACACCAAGAGUUGUUGCAGGGCUGCUGGGAGGAGCUGCAGGGUGAUGACUUCCAGAAAAAAGUGGCCCUGGAGGAGCUGGAGCAGGAGUCUGCAAGGAUGCAGGAGGCUUCCCUGCUGCUCUAUAGGAACAAGUAUAAGGAGGCCGUGUUGUCUGCCAACAGGAAGGCAGCUGGAAACGCCAUGAAGGAACUGGAAAAGUUUGUCCUUGGGCAGGCUGAGGUCGAGUGCCUGCAGGUGACACCCGGUGAGAUGCAGCAGCAACUGAAGGAGAAACACCAAGAGCUGUUGCAGGGCUGCCGGGAGGAGCUGCUGGGUGACGACUCCCAAAAACAGGCCAUCCUGGAGGAGCUGGAGCAGGAGUCUGCAAGGAAGCAAGAGGCUUCCCUGGUGCUCUAUAGGGAAAAGUAUAAGGAUGCUGUCUCCUCUGCCAACAGGGUGUUGACUAAAGGGGUCAAGGAAGAAUUUGCUGAAUUUCUUAAUGCACAGGACCAUGACACACAGACUGAGGAGCAGUGCCUCCAGGUGGAGCCCAAUGAGCUGCAGCAACGCCUGGAGAGAAAAUACCAUGACUUGCUGCAGCACUGCCAGGGCAAGAUGAUGGGAGAGGAGCCCCAGAAAGAGGACACCCUGGGGAAGCUAGGGCAGAAGCUGAGAGAGAGCAGUGAGGAAUUCUUGCACACCUACAGACAACAAUUCAGGCAGAUGGAGAACUCUACCAACCUGAAAGCAAAGGGAAGAAUCAAGCAGCAGUUUGAAGAAUUUAUUCAGGAGCAGGACCAUGACACCCAGACUGAAGAGCAGUGCCUGCAGCUGAAGCCGAGUGGGAUGUGGAAGCAGCUGGAGGAAAAAUACCAGGACUUGCUGCAGCACUUGAAGGGGAGACUGAUGGGAGAAGAGCCCCAGAAAGAGGAUAUCCUGAGGGAACUGGAGGAGGAGCUGAGAGAGAGAAUGAAUGAAUUCCUGCUCAUUUACAACCAGCGAUUCAGACAGAUUGAAGCAAAGGAAAGAAUCAAGAAGCAAUUUGAAGAAUUUAUUGAGGAGCAGAAGCAAGACUCUGAAUCCAUGUUCAAGUGCCUGAAGAUGAAUCCCAACAAGAUGCGGCAGCACCUGGAGAAGAAGCGCGAUUCUUUGCUGCAGAGCUGCUCAAGGGAGCUGUCGGAUGAAAAGUCCCAGAUUUCAGCCACAAGAGAGAUGCUGGAGACGGAUUUGAAAAAUAUGAUGGAGGAUUUCUUCUUACUCUAUGAGGAGCACUACAAAAAGAAGUUCUUCAUGAUGUGUGUGAGCAUAGGUGCAAUUGCCUCCCUCCCAAUUGGUGCAGGCAUUGGUGCAGGUGUGGCUGCAGCUGUGAUUGACAAGUGA